CAGAGGUAAAGAAAGGGAGUCCGUCGCAACCUUUGCUCCCCCUUCGGGCUGUGUCUGUGCAAAGGAGGAAGGAACGGGUCUGGUGUUUGACAUCAUCCCCCAGCAGGCGAGCAGAGCAGAGCAGAGCCGAGCCGAGCCGAGCCAUGAGCAGCACUACCCCGUGCCUGCGUUGCUAUAAAGAGCUGCCAGUGUGGAUAGUCGAGGACCAUCAUGAUGUAAGCUCAGCUUCGAACUGGAACCCGUAGAAUUGAAACACUUUCGAACGUUGCCCGGGUAUUUAAAUUCCAUUUGGAAUGUUGGAAUUCCAAUCAGAAUGGUGCCUCGGGGGAAUGGAACUCAUCUCGGAACGCACCCAUUUGUUUUAGCCACUCCUCUGUCACCUCCGCAGACUCUUGUGUACCGUGAUAACACAGCCGAGGGUCACACAAAAGCACGUUGUUCGGAAAUCAUUGCACUAUCUGUAGUGCGACUUUCCGACUCUUGCAGGUGGUGCCUUACAUCUAUCGAGCAAUUGGUUCAAAGCAUUUGCCAAUUGAAAAUAUUGCCCUGGUUCACCUAGAUUCUCACCCAGACCUCCUAAUCCCAGUCGACAUGUUAGCUGACAGCGUGUUUGAUAAAGAGUUGCUCUUUGGAGACCUAAGCAUUGAGAAUUGGAUCAUGCCUGUAGUUUACGCUGGCCACUUCUCACAUGUGUUUUGGCUUCAUCCAUUCUGGGCUGAACAAAUCACUGAUGGCAAACACAGCUUUUUCGUCGGUAGAGAUUCCUCAACUAAAACAAUCAGGGUUACGAGUACAGAGAGCUACUUCCUGAGUGAUGGCCUCUACGUCUCGGAGGAGCUGCUGGAGAACAGGAAGGCAUUGAAUCUGCAGGUCAUCAAAGUAGACGCAACAGAGCACAACAGCAGAGCCUGUAGGAGGGAAACUGGAGAAUCGACUGCAAAGAAAGCAAAGCUGGACCACUCAGCUAAAAAAGACUUAUGUGACCCAGUCUGUGCCACAAGCUCCAGAGUGAAUGGUCAGAAGGUCGAAUGCAAACUUAGCAAUCAUUGCAUGCAGGCAGGACCAGCCACUGCCAGCGAGGGUGUCAUUUUGGAAACUGGUCAGCCAUGUAAGGCAACACCAACUUGUGAGACUGAACCACAUCAGCAGGAUGAAAUGAUUAACGAUCUGCUUCAUGUAUUGGAAAAAGAGAAUGCCUACAUCCUAGAUAUUGACUUGGAUUUUUUUUCAGUUAAAAAUCCGUUUAAGGAAAUGUAUACAAAGGAUGAAUAUGAAAUCCUCAAGCAGUUGUACAGUUUUACUAAGCCUGAUUGGGAAGAGACAAAUGAGGAGGCCAUAAUUGAUUGUGUGGAAGCCCGGACAAGGCAACUGGAAGAUAUGGAAGCUGCAUUUGCAGAUCUGUGUGAUGAUGACAGUGAAGAGAACGUAAAGAAGUGGGCAGCAGUCCCUGGAAUGGAAAAGCUUGGUGAGCUGGUGCUUAGCCUGAAGGACAGAAUGGGAACACCUGACUAUGAAAUGGUUCACCAAGCUGGUCUGACUUGUGAUUAUUCGGAGCUCCCACAUCACGUUAGCACAGAGAAAGAGAUUGAUAACCUCAUGUCAUCUGUGAAACAGUUACUUGAAGCUUUACCCAGGCCAACUCUGAUAACAAUAGCACGAUCCAGCCUGGAUGAUUACUGUCCUUCUGAGCAGGUGGACUCCAUACAAGAGCGGAUGUUAAAGGUACUGCGCUCCAGCUAUGGAUCUUUAGACAUUCACUUGGAGUACUGACUGUGUCGAAUUUCCCUGUACCCUGACCAGAGCCAGAUUCCUGUUAAACUGGUGGAGCAGAAUAUUAUUUAAAGAAUAAAUGCUAAUUUUAACAGCUGCUACUGAUGUAAUGCUUUUCUAACUGUUUUCUUUCAACUGUGCAAUUCAUAAUGAAAUCCAAGUGACAGACAGUUUUAGUUGUUUUGCAACCCUGAAUAAUAUGCUGGGCUUGGCGAAAGGCAUAUGUUUAUACUUUUCAUUUUAUUUAUAUUCAGGGGGGUCAAUCAGUGGCUUCCUCUGUUCUGAGCCAGUACUCCCCAGGUCAAGAUCCACUCCAUUCAUCUGAACAUAAACUCUAAUUAUGCUUGAAUUGUCUUGCACCAUCGAAUUUCACUCAACCGUUGGCAUUCUUGUCUCUGUAUUAAAGGAUUCUUGGUUCAAUCCCUACCCUAGUGCCUUGAGAAUAAAAAUCCAGGAUAAUGUUGCAGUGCAAUAUUGAAUGAGUGCUACACUGGCUGAUUAUUUCAGUGAAAUGAAAGAAUUGUGGAAAAUGUAUGUCAUGGCCAUGCGAUAUGGGUAGCUAUAGAAAGCAGCGUUUCCGACUGAGAGAAAUUGGU